CCGACUUCCAUAUUUGGCAAAGAGUCGAACUCUGGCCGCUGAUUGGUCAGAAGAUCACAAGGUGCCCGGAUGAGCCGCCAUCUUGGACUUGGUGGAAAUAGCUGCGGAUACCUUCCUCUUCGACUUUUCAACAUUUCUCAAGAUCUGAAGACUACCAAGACUCCAGAAUGGCGACUCUAGACCAGCAGCUGGACUGUGCGCUGGACCUGAUGCGCAGACUCCCGCCCCAGCAGAUUGAGAAGAACCUCAGCGACCUCAUCGACUUGGUGCCUACACUGUGUGAAGACUUACUGUCGUCGGUUGACCAGCCGCUGAAGAUCGCCCGUGACAAACAGGUUGGGAAGGACUACCUUCUGUGUGACUACAACAGGGAUGGAGACUCCUACAGGUCCCCCUGGAGUAAUGUAUACGACCCUCCCCUCCCCGACGGAGCCAUGCCGUCUGAGAGGUUGAGGAAACUGGAGAUAGAAGCCAACAAUGCCUUUGAGCAGUACAGGGACAUGUAUUUUGAGGGAGGCGUGUCGUCAGUGUACCUGUGGGAUCUCGAUCACGGAUUUGCCGGCGUGAUUCUGAUCAAAAAGGCGGGAGAUGGAUCCAAGAAGAUCAAGGGAUGCUGGGAUUCCAUCCACGUUAUAGAAGUUCAGGAGAAGAGUAGUGGGAGGAGUGCACACUACAAGCUGACGUCCACGGCCAUGUUGUGGUUACAGACGAACAAGCAGGGGUCAGGAACUAUGAACCUUGGCGGCAGCUUGACUCGACAGAUGGAAUCAGAUUCCAAUGUUAACGAAUCAAGUCCCCACAUCGCCAACAUCGGCAAGAUGGUGGAGGACAUGGAGAAUAAAAUCCGCAACACAUUGAAUGAAAUCUACUUUGGCAAGACAAAGGAUAUUGUCAAUAGCCUAAGGUCUGUGGUGCCGCUGCCAGACCAGAAGCAGCAAGCCUUACUCAGGCAAGACUUGGCCCAGGCGCUAAAGAAACGAGCGGGCGCCGACUCUUAGGCAGCUAACCCCUAAAAACCUCAGUGUGUGCUCCUGUCUGUAGGACCCAACGGCAACUUCCCUGUGCAGUUUCCAAAAACGAAAGCAAAGAAAAAUAAAUAUACCAGAUCGUCCCCAAAGUUAUUUCUCGAGGAUAGGAAGAAUUUCGUCAAAAAAUCAACACUAGACAGUGAAACCAGCUUUUUUUCAGCUGUGCAGUUAAAAAAAAAGCAAAGAAAAUAUACCAGAUCGUCCCCACAACUAUUUCUGCAGGUCUUUGGACUUUCCAAGUUGAGUUGUUACAGAAUUUCAUCUUAAAAUCAGCACCUGACAGUGAAAUGAGCUGUUCUUCUUCUGAAGUCCUAGGAAUGGCCCCAUUAAAAUCUUCAGAACGGCAAAAAACUGCCUAUUCUGAAGUUUGGCUAUGUAUUACUAAACAGUGAAGAUGCUCGGUAUGAUUUUAUUAAUUACAAGUUUUGAUAAUCUUAACACUACCAGUAUUAGCACUAUCAACCAUUGGCAUUUUCUCCAGCAUUUGCUUAAAGUUUGACUGAAAAGACAGAUUUUCACUUCAUGUACUCGAGUAUCAGCUAUAUGACCUCAUGGAAUGUAAUUUCAAUGAGUGAGCUAUUUUUCUAAGAGCAGAUACAAUGUAGGUUGUACAACUGGUAGAUUUUGAACCAGCCACUUUCUGUUCCAAGUAUACUGCAUUACUUUGUUAAAAAGUGUAAUGAAGCAAUGAAAAUUUUUGCACACUUAAUUUAGAAACUUA